CGGUGGACCCGAGAGCCAGACACGGUGCCUCGCUGACUCUCACGGAGCAAAAUAUUCCAUCGCCCGGGGCUGAGACUUGUAAAACUGCCCUCUUCGGUCACCCCGGAAAGUAGGAGGCUUUUUCUGCAGACUCUGUUAAAAAAAGAAAAAAGAAAGGAGGAAAAAAAAAAAGGGCCCUUCCAUUCCCCCAGGACUGAUGGUCUGAAUUGCUUUUCAUCUGGAGUGGCAGUGAUUCAGCGACCCCCUUCUCAGCAGCAGGCAAUGACAGAGACAGGAGACGAAAAACACAGCGAAUGAAUCAGACGAGAGACCCUUCGCUUUCUGCUGCUGCUCAUCACCCUGGGUGGGGAUCCCAGUCUUCCUGACCUGCAUGGGAGCUGCCUGACUAAGCAAAGUGGAAGUAUCGUAACCGGCCAUCAGACUGAUGAGAGAACAUGCUUAUAUCAGAGGGAGCCAGUAUAAUAUGGAUCACAGAGCAAAUGGAGGUUCUUCAGUAAACUGGAGCUGAUCUGACUGGGCAGACUCUGGAGCGUCAAGAAUACGGUGCAUCAAGCAAACUCCUCUCUGAAGAGACCAACAAUAGUGCAUUCAUCAGAAGAGCUCUAGUUGGAGCCCAGGAAGAGACAACGGAAGGCUGGGACCAGGCGGGCUGGCUAGAGAGACCAGCAUAAUCUUCAUACCAAAACCUGACAAGACUAUUAUCAGAAAGGAAAGUUACAGAAAAGAAAAGAUUCUUGUCUUCCAGCCAGUUUGAGAGACGCAGAAACCAUUCAGGAAAUGUCAGCAGUCCUGCAGAGUGGAGCCCAUGAGCUAGAAGAUAAGAAGGAGACUCAAGCACAAAUAGAAGACUCACAGGACCAUUUCCCAAAGAAACUGCCGUCUUUAGUACAUUUCUUUCAAACGCCGACAGAUUCAGAUAGCACGACGCUGCCAUAUUCACGGUCAUUAUCUGAUGAAAUUCCUCUCAGUUACUGUCUGUCUAGCCCUCAAGUUAGUGGAGCAACUAUAUCAACAAUUGGACCAAAGUCUCUUAAACCUGCUCUAGUGACCCAUUCCCGCUCAGAAAACAGCUUGGGACUCAACAUCGGCAAAAUUCCAAAGAAACACACUAUUCCAGUCCUUGCUGGUGAGCCAGCUGUGAUUGGGGAAGGGGAAGAUUAUUUCCUGUCUUUGUUUGGUGAUACAAGGAAACUUGUGCACUCAUUCCACGAGAAAACUUGGAAGCACUUCUCUAUGAUUCUUGAAGAAGUGGGACAAUCUAGAUCCAGUGCUCUUGGAGACAUUAAAAUAGCUGAGGUGAAUGUCAAGGGUUUAUUCGUGAAGCUCAUUAACUCUUCCCCUGACAAAGAGCUGGAAAUUGGAAAUCAUACGCUCCGACAAAAUGUGGAUGGACGAGCAGUCUCUCUCUACCGAUUCCUUCCUGAUAUCAUAAUGCAGGCCAAUUCCACAGUAACAGUCUGGACAGCAGCAUCUGAAGUAAAGCAUCAGUCGCCAUCUGAUUUUCUUUGGAAGGAACAAGACAGGUUUAACACAGCACCAAACUGUACAACAAUCCUGUGCAAACCUAAUGGUGAAGCUGUUGCCUGGUACACUCCCAUUCACUGGAAGCAAGCGUGGGAGAAAUUAGAGACUGACAUCGAAUUUGACAGAUGCUCAGUAAUAAGUACAACACCUCAAAGGCACAUGUUUCGCUGGCCAGCAGUUGCAACUACAACUAAAGAAAAACGAGAUCAGUGUAAGAGAGAGUCCUCAAAAUGCCAGGUGGAACAAGUUCAAGCUUCUCUUAAGAGAGAAAAAGAAAUCCCACCAAGCCUUUUCCCCACUCGCAGCCCAUGGUGCCACAGUCCUAAUGUCCCUGCACACCCCUACUGUGCCCUGACCAAUGCUCACAACACCUCCGUGGCUGAACACUGCUUAAACAGACAGCCCAGGUCAACCCGGACGGAUCCAGUCCAGCGAUCAAGAAAAAACAGGAUGUCUGAGUUACAAAAGCAAUAGGCAGUAAAUUCAACAUUUAAAGGACGAUGAUAUUCUAGUCUGGAGAACAACACAAGGAUGCCUGACAUGAUGCAGCCUGCCUUCCACACAGGAAAGGAAAGGAAGCCAGCAGCAAGCAAGAACAUGGUUUCUUUUAGAAAAGAUAAUUCCUCAGGACUUUCCUGAUACCAUUUGUUAAAGAAGGGAGAUAAGAGUUUGUGCACAAGUUGAAACAUUUGCUGUCCAGCCUGUUACAAAGAAAAAUACUGGUCAAAAGCAAAACCAUCACAGUCUUCAUUUUAUGAACAUGAAGUUUCCCAUUCAUUAAUUUCAGUCUUUUAUACCCUGCCCAGAUGUUAGGUCAACCACUUCUACCAAUUCUGCAGAUGCAUUUUCCAAAAACACAUGUUUUAGGAAUUCCAAAUCUUGUGGUCUGUCUGAUUCUCUACACUUGGAAUCUGUCUCCCUAAAGCAUGUGUUAAUCUGGCUUUCUAAUUAAUGUCUAGAAGUAAUAGAGGAAGUUUCUAUGGGAUAACUAGUUGGGAGUUUUUAAACCUGCCUGCAUGUAACUCAGAUUCAGUCAAAAUAACCUCUUCCACCUUGUGACACUAGGUACAAAAUUCCAUAGAUAGGAAAUACCAAGAGAGUUUUUAUUAAGUAAUCUGAUGGAGCUACUUUUUUUUUUUUUUACACAAUUCUCACUUCUUAUUCUUUAGCAAUCUUAUUCUAUACUCAUCAAGAGUAUACAAGUUGAAAAACUAAUGAACUUGUUCAUUUUUAAUGUUGACAGGCAGAAGGUAUGAUUGCUUCUGUUUCUGAGAACAAAUCCUAUCUAUGCCUCAUAGCCCAGCUCAAUUUAUUUUAAUUUUUGUUUAUUUAUGUAACACAUGCAGAAGAUGGGGCAUAUGCACUCUUGAAAUGUGAGAAGGAGCAAGAAAAGUGAAGAUUUUCCCCAAAUAUACUCUGAAAAAAAUAAAGAAAUGUAAAAUAACCCCCAAACUCAUUAGUGGUGACCACUGAGUUUUGCUUAUUAUAUCCAAAUAUCAAGGGCUAAAAAUACUUUAUUUUUUAAAAGUCACAUGCCAAGGGACUCAAACAUAUACUUGUAUACCAGUAUUAAUAGCAGACUAUCCAUAAGUAAUAAAAGGUGAAAACAAUCAAAGCAUUCAUCAACAGAUGAAUGGAUUCUUAAAAUGUGGUAUCUACACAUAACAGAAUGUUAUUCAUCCAUUAAAAAAAAUAAAUGUUAAUAUAUGCUACAAGAUGGUUAAACCUUGAAAAUAUUAUGCUAAAUGAAAUAAGCCAGACACAAAAGGGCAUUUGUCUGAGGUACUGAGAAUAGGCAAAUUCAUAGAAAUGGAAAGUACAAUAGUGCUUACCAGGGGCCAGGUCAAGGGGAGAAUGAGGAGUUGUUGUUUAAGCGGCACAAAAUCUCUGUUCAAGAUAAUGAAAAAGUUCUGGAAACAGUAAUGAUAGUUGCACAAUAUUGUGAAUGUACUUAAUGCUGCUGAUUUGUAUGCUUAAAAUAGUUAAAAUGGUAAACAAACAAAUAAAACUCUAAUAAAAUCUGAUCAAUAUUUCCAAGAUGGGAAAAAAGGCAUAUUCCAAUUCUAAAGCAUUUGAGAAGACUUAUACCACUUGACAAUAAUCUGUCAUAAACUUUUUGGUUUGAGAUAAAAGGAGUUCACAUCAACCCCAGCAUA